GUCAGUACCACAACAAGGAAGUGGAUGCUCAUGGUGGCUGAAUUUAUUGUGCUAAUCUUCUUAGAAAGAGACGGCACAGGUGGUUUCGUAAAAGGACGCACUUAAAGAUUACGUUGAUCUCGUUUCGCACAAACAAAGCCCUUCAUCUGUCGCGUUCUCUCGACUAUCUACGAAGAUAGAGUGGCACUAAAUCAGGUGAAUGGGGUGUUUGUAAUGUAGAUAGUUGCUGCUCUCAUUCAUUCAUCAACAGAGACAGCGUCCCACCGUUUUAAUGGGCAGAUUCCACUGACAGACCCAGCUUGGUGUUGACACUCAAAAUGAGGAUGAUCACCUUCCUCCUGGUUGGACUAAUAGUCCACGUGGUCUUCUUCCUCUCUAUCUUUGACAUCUACUUCACCUCUCCCCUGGUUCACGGCAUGACACCCCAGGUCACACCGCUGGCCCCCCCUGCCUCCAGACUGGUAUUAGUGGUCGCCGAUGGUCUCAGAGCCGACAGUCUCUUCACGCUCCUCCCGAACGGCUCAUCCAGGGCCCCAUACUUGAGAGAUGUGAUUGAGGAAAGGGGUACCUGGGGUGUGUCACACACCCGCGUGCCCACUGAGUCGCGUCCCGGUCAUGUUGCUCUCAUCGCUGGCUUCUAUGAGGAUGUUAGUGCUGUUGCUAAAGGGUGGAAGGAGAAUCCUGUGGAGUUUGACUCAGUGUUUAAUGAGACCAGGCACACCUGGUGCUGGGGCAGCCCUGAUAUUCUGCCAAUGUUUGCUAAAGGUGCCAGUGGAGACCAUGUGUAUACCCACACAUACCCAGCAGAGCAGGAAGACUUCGCCUCCACAGACGCCUCCAGGCUGGACAGCUGGGUGUUCACUCAAGUCAAAUCAUUCUUUCAGUCAGCAAAGUCUAACUCCAGUCUGAGGGCCAGUCUGCUUGAGGACAAGAAUGUCCUCUUCCUGCAUCUGCUGGGCAUCGACACAAACGGACAUGCUCACAGACCAAUGUCACAGGAGUACCUAGAAAACAUCGGUCUAGUAGACACUGGUGUAGCUGAGAUGGUGUCUAUGGUAGAAGACUUCUUUGGUCACGAUGGCAGAACGGCCUACGUGUUCACCUCUGAUCACGGCAUGACAAACUGGGGUUCACACGGUGCAGGCCAUCCUUCUGAGACUCUCACCCCUUUAGUGGUGUGGGGAGCCGGAGUUCAUAAUGCCCACAAAGUCACCGAACCCCAACUAUACAACGAUGGCUUCCUGCAAGAUUGGAAACUGGAGCAUCUUCGUAGAGUUGACGUCAAUCAGGCAGAUAUCGCUCCUCUCAUGGCUUCUCUCAUCGGUUUGCCCUUCCCUGUUAACUCUGUCGGUGUGUUACCUCUUCUCUACCUCAACAACAGUGACCACUUCAAGGCAGAGAGCAUGUACACAAAUGCUAUUCAAGUACUGGAGCAGUACAAGAUGAAAAUGACCCAGAAAAAGGAGACCACCUUGUCUUUUCUCUUCACCCCAUACCAAAUACUCACUGAGUCCAAACAAGCAGAAUUCAUCCGCAGUGCCAGAAUACUGAUUCAGCUGGAGAAGUAUGAUGAUGCUAUCUCUCUGUGCCGCUCUCUGAUAUCCCACGCUCUGGAGGGCCUGGCCUACUACCACACCUAUGACCGGUUCUUCCUGGGCUGCAGUGUGGUGCUGGGAUUUGUAGGCUGGACCUCAUAUGUUGUCCUAGUCAUACUGAAGACUCAUGCCAGCCUCGACAGACACCCCAGUCUCCUCAAACAGAUACCCAGCCGUACCCUGGCGAAGCUGUGUGUGUGUGUGACAGUGGUGAUCACCGGGUUCCUGCUUAUCCAAAGGAGCCCUAUCACCUACUAUAUUUACUGCCUGCUGCCUGUCCCUGUAUGGUACUCCGUCCUUAAAGAGUGUGGAACUCUUUUUGAUUUGGUUCGCUCGGCUCCCUCUCUGCCGCUGUGGAAGUGUUUGGGCUAUUUUGUGCUGGUGGCGUUUGGGAUCGAGCUACUGGUGGUGAGUUUCUUCCAUCGCGCCAUGCUGACUGUGGGCCUGGCUGUCCUCUCUCUCUGGCCCUUCCUUUCGGGACUUUUUGGCAAGGCCAAGUUCCGUUCAGUGAGCUGGUGUCUGGGCUGUCUGUGUCUGGCUGCUUUCCCCCUGAUGCCUGUUGUGGGCAGAGAGCCUAACAUACAUCUGGUCACCUGCGCAGGUCUACUCACUCUCUUCACUUCAGCCUGUUACCUCUGGUCAUCACGGCGGAGAACACCACUGCACCUUGGUGAUAGACAGCAGUUUGUCACCCAGAUGCUCCACGUGGCAGUGUGUGCGUACGUGCCGUCCCUCACGCACUCCAGCCUGCAGCAGAAACAGGGCCUGCCACUUCUUAAUCAGAUCAUCAGCUGGACCACAUUAGCAUCUUCCAUGCUGGUUCCAUUAUUGAGCUCUUCACGUCUUUUCCACCGACUCCUCAGCAUAUUCCUGUCUCUCACAGCCACAUACCUACUGCUCAGCACCGGGUCAGAGGCACUGUUCCCCCCUGUGUUGUCUUGGUUGAUGUUUGUGUGGAUCAACAUUGAACAGGAAGCUAUGCUCGCUCAGGGUGUCUCUAGCAGACAAGAGCUCUCCACUAUCGAUUUCUCUGCAAACAUCGACAUCACCAAAAUCCGACAACUGAAGUUGGAUGACAUCAGAAGAUCUUAUUUUUUUGUAUUUUUUAUAAUAACAGCUUUCUUCGGCACAGGAAACAUAGCUUCCAUUAACAGUUUUGACCCAGCAUCUGUUUAUUGCUUCCUCACUGUCUUCAACCCCUUCAUCAUGGGAGGAUUGAUGAUGUGGAAGGUUAUCAUUCCAUUCAUAAUAGUAAUGUGUACAUUUGAGACCAUCCAAGUUGCAACGCAGCUCUCAUCAAGAAGUUUGUUCCUCAUUGUCCUGGUCAUCUCCGACUUGAUGGCUCUGCACUUCUUCUUCUUGGUGCAGGACUACGGCAGCUGGUUAGACAUUGGCACAAGUAUUAGCCACUAUGUGAUAGUGAUGUCAAUGACCAUCUUCCUGAUGUUGCUCAGUGUGGCGACACACAUUCUCACCUCACAAAGACUCAUCCUGUGGUGGAAACCCAAGAUGCACUUCCCCUAAAUAAAGGUGUUUGUGUGCGCCUGUGCAUUCACAUUUACUAGUUAAACCAAAUGGUUAGUACUUAUUUGACUUAUUUUUAGAUAUUUAUUCAUUAGCUUUUGCCUUAUUGUGCCAGAGUUUGUUUAUAUAAGAUAUCGGAUAUUGUUUUAGGACUCAAUAUACUGUAUAGUACUGUGCAAAAGUCCCACACCACUUUUGGAAAUCCCCUCUUAUAUUGUAUAUCUGCGUGUUGCAUCUCGGGGGAUCUAUUAGCAGAAAUGAAAUAUAAUAUUCAUAACUAUGUUUUCAUUAGUGUAUAAUCACCUGAAUCUAGUGUGUUUUCGGUAGCUUAGAAUGAGGCCUUCAUAUCUUCAUAGGGAGCGGGUCCUCUUCACGGAGUCCGCCUUGUUCCUUCGCCAUGUUGCUCUGCCAUGUUGCCACAGUAACCCAUAAUGGACAAAUCAAA